UCGAUUACCACUCACCGCUUCCGGUAUCGUCGCCACUUCUUUGUCUGUCUGUGGUCCGACGCCACUAGUUGUCGUGUUUUUUCUCUUUCCUUUCACUUUGGAGGAUAUAUUUGCAUAUAUAUCCACAUUUUUCUGCUAUUGAAUGACAGUCGACUCGGAAAUAUUUAUGCCUAAAAGUAAAGCGCUGAAAAUGGAGGACUUGGACUACAUCCCAGUGGACCUGAGCCCAGAGGAGCGCUCGGAGCUGGAAGACAUCCGCAGGAGGAAGGGGGUCCUGCUGCAGGAGAUCCAGAGGCUCCGCGAGGAACUCCGGGAGGCCAUUUUGGAGGUGGAGGGCCUGGAGGCCAGCACAGAGGGCAGUAAAACCCUGCAGAAAAAUAGACAUGUUGCUAUGGGAAGGAAGAAGUUCAACAUGGAUCCUAAAAAGGGCAUCGUGUUUCUGGUCGAGAACGAGCUCCUCAGACACACUCCAGAGGACAUUGCUCAGUUCCUCUACAAAGGAGAGGGCCUCAACAAGACGGCAAUUGGUGAUUACCUUGGAGAAAGGGACGACUUCAACAUCAAAGUCCUCCAGGCUUUCGUUGACCUGCACGAGUUCACGGAUCUCAACCUCGUCCAGGCCCUCAGACAAUUUUUGUGGAGUUUCCGUCUGCCCGGUGAGGCCCAGAAGAUUGACAGAAUGAUGGAGGCCUUUGCUCAGCGGUACUGUCGUUGUAACCCUGGUGUCUUCCAGAGCACAGACACAUGUUACGUACUGUCAUUCGCCAUCAUCAUGCUCAACACCAGCCUUCACAACCCCAACGUGAGGGACAAGCCGGGCAUGGACCGCUUCAUCUCCAUGAACCGAGGCAUCAACGACGGAGGAGACCUGCCCGAGGACCUCCUGCGAAAUUUGUAUGAAAGUAUUAAAAAUGAGCCCUUCAAGAUCCCAGAGGAUGACGGCAACGACCUCACACACACCUUCUUUAACCCCGACAGAGAGGGUUGGCUGCUCAAACUCGGGGGAAGAGUGAAAACCUGGAAAAGGCGAUGGUUCAUCCUCACAGACAACUGCCUGUACUACUUUGAAUAUACAACAGACAAAGAACCUCGAGGCAUCAUCCCUUUGGAGAAUCUCAGUAUCCGCGAAGUAGAGGACCCACGCAAACCGAACUGCUUUGAGUUGUACAUUCCCAACAACCGUGGUCAACUGAUCAAGGCUUGCAAGACAGAAGCGGAUGGCCGGGUGGUGGAGGGAAACCACAUGGUAUACCGCAUCUCCGCCCCCACGCCCGAGGAGAAGGACGAGUGGAUCCACAGCAUCAAAUCUGCAGUUAGUGUGGACCCCUUCUACGAAAUGCUUGCUGCCAGAAAGAAACGUAUAUCGCUGAAGAAGAAAGAAGAGCAGCCCUAGAGUAUUACCUCCAUCCUUUUGUCCUCCCAUCCUCAUCUCCUUCCCUCCACAAACACUAGAACACCAUUACAUCAACGGGUGAGGAACACCAUACUGUCCUAAAAACACCUCCGAGGAACUGUUGUAAAAAAAAAAAGACAGGACAGUUAAGCCACAAAAUGGUCAUCAUAAGCGGUGCGCCCCCAAGUAUGCACGAUUCUUUGCACACCUAUCCUGUUUUUGUGCUCUUUCUGAAAAUCCAAAAGCUCUUUUUGCAAAUAAAGUAGAGCUUUGGUGCAAUUUUGUGGCAUCACGGUGCCAAGAAACUGUGUUGAACUCUGGUACGGAGCUUCUAUUAGAGAAGGCAUUGGCCUAAAAUAGUGCUGUGUCGUAAUAUUUCUGGAAUUUGUCUCCUGGAGUUGGAGCUGCUCUAGUACGAUAACAGUCAUUUGGCAGGGAAUAUGUUUAAGACAUAAAAAAAACACUGUCCCUCAGCAAAGUUUAACAGUGAUGUGGUAAUACAGAUACAUGUAUUUAUUUUGACAGCUGUGCAAAACGAAUGAAUAUCAGUGAAUAACUGACAAUGGGUAAUUGCUCAUGUAUGCAACAAGAUGGUACGAAAGCACUACUUUUCUGUUUGAUGGGGGUUUGGCAUUUCGAACAGAAUAUAGUCCCCUAACUUCAACAUUCAGCCUUAAUUUGGGAAAAUUCAUGAGUAAUUGACCCCAGGUUUUGAAGUUGCCUGUAGAUGCCUGAAGAUGGUUGCAAAUCAGUUUUACUGAGCUCCUCGAGUCUACAUAGUUCCUUAUCAAAAAAGAUGGUGCCAAAGCAGUACAUAUGCAAGUUGUGGAUAUGCAAGGUAACACUGUAGCUUCUUGAGACCGAGAUGGGCAUUUUAGGAUGUUUCAGAAAGAGCACCAAACAGAGAAUAAUUGAGUUUUUCCUGUGAAUAUUGGAGGAAAUGUCAAGAAAAGAAGUACAUUCGCAAGUAGAGAAUUGCGAAUAGCCAGGGGAACACUGUACAGUACAACAACAAGCCCACCCACCACCGAUAUUAUGUCAUUACACCAGCCUGUAUUGAUAAUUAAAUGAAGAUAUGACAUUUUGACCUCUUCCUCAACCGGCCUCCCAUGAAGGCAGCUCAUUACUAUGGAACACUUUUUUUUUUUUCCUUGUAAAUAGAUGUUAUAUUAUUUGUUUAUAGCACCCAUGUAGAGGCCAUUUAAUUUAUUGUUUCUUUUUUGUACGAGCUACUGUAUGAGCGCAUGUCGACAGACGUUAGAGCACUGAGUCGAGAAGUGUUUCUUGUGUUCCUUGUUGCCUAGAAGAAGAGCCACGAGGACAUUUUUUUUAAAGUUUUGCCGGGUGAAGCACAAGCAUCUACUAGAUUAUAUGCCAUCCAUCCAAUUUCCGAGCCGCUUAUCCUCUCAAGGGUCACGGGAAUGCUCGAGCCUAUCCCAGCUAACUGGGAGGAAGGCAGACUACACCCUGAAUUGGUCACCAAUCAGUCGCAGGGUGCAUGUAGACACCAUCACCGAGUGGGAACUGAACCUGCCUGCAACAGUCAGGCGAGUGUCCCACAACACCAUCAGUGACUCUGAUUAGAAGCCACACGUCUUUUUUUUUCUUCAUUAUUUUGCUUCCCAGUGUCCAAGGAACACAGAGUAUCUGCCCAUAAAUUCAGAUACUUGUGUGUGUGUGUGUGAUACAUUGUCCUUGUUUUUGGUGAGUCAAAUUUGAAGCAUAUUAGUUUUUGUAGACAGAGAACUAGAGCUGCGUUAUUUGUUUUACUGCACUUUAUCAGUUAUUGCGACGGACAUGCGUCAGUGACUUGACUCACCAAGAAGUUUUUAGAGCAGGGCUGGGUCACCUACAGCUGGUAGGCUCAGAUGCCCCUCAUCACACACCCCGGCAAAAGUGGGAAGUGUUAUAAAAAAGACAUUUGUUUCAUCAUCAUGUAUUUUGAUGGCCCUCAGAGGACUUUAUGGUCCUUUUUCCAAGUAUUUUAGUUGUUAAUAAAAAAAAAAAAAAAAAAGUAGCAUGAACCUGAAUGAUGACGCCGAUCGUAUUUGGACCUUUACGGACGCGGCGGUCAAUCGUACGAACAAAAUGUUUGUGAGUUGCCUUUACGUUACUCGUUACUCUCCCAAAGCUUACAAAAAAACUGGCCUUCUGCGAGUCUCGUUUGUACUCCUGCGUGUUUUGCCUGCAGGCCUCCUUCAACCGUCUGGGAAUUCUUGAAGUGCAAAGUUGCCAAAAAAAAAAAAAACAAGUCAGCAAAAUGUUACAAACAGUGCACAGCGAAACUUUUGUUUCUGAGCCACCUCUUUCUGAAAAUGUCUUUUUUCUAUUUAUUUAUUUACUUAAUGGUAAGGUGAAAACUGAGCUAGGUAUGAUGUAAAUGUAGCAAUGGUGCAAAACACACACACACCCCGGUGCCAGUAAACUGCUGUGUAACAAUAAAAAGGUGAUGAUUGACUGUUGAUUGGAUUU